CAUUAGAAUAGCUAGCUAUGGUACAGUCUGAAAGAAGAGUAACAAAUUAGAACAUAACCAUGUGCUGCUGCUGUUGUGAGGACUGUAACUGCAGGCCUCUCGGCUUUCUUCUCGGCCUGCCAUUCGCCUUCCUCGCCCUCUUUGUUGGAUUUGUCGGUAUUAUUAUUUGGAUCUUUGGAUCGGUGCUCAGUUGCAUAUGUCCUUGCUGCUUGUGUGUGACUGUGGCAGUUGAAUUUGCAUUGGCUUUGAUCAAUGUUCCAAUUCUUGUCAUGAAAUGGUUCACCUCCAAAAUCCCAUGUUAGGAUGCCUUGCUUGAAGAUUAUACAAGAAAUAUUUAUCAAAUCUGUAUCAGAUAUUAAUAACUUGAUUGGCCAACUAGCAUGUUCAGUCAAUCAAGGUAUUACUAGCCUUCUUUGUUGGUUGAUAUGUUUUAGUUCUCAUAUUGCAAUGCUUCAAAUCUAAGAAACAAUAAUAGAAACAUAUCUAGUUCUGGAUAAUUGGUUGAUUUUUCCUUUUCUAAGUUCAACUAUUCUAGAUUUGGGAGAUUAAACUAUCGACAUUUGAGAUCAAAUCUAAUCAGUCAUUUGAAGGAGAAAGACGAGUGCAUAAAUAUUGUCAAGAACGAAAAAGAUCAAGAACUUAAGGACCGGAUUACUCGGUGUGCAAUCUACUAUACGACCGUUCUAUGAAUCCGAAAUCCCUGAAAAUACAACAUUUCACUUGGUUGAUCACUUCUAAACUCCAAUCGUCCCCUGCUCCACUGCCAGAAGUUCAGCUGAAGCCUGUAUUGCAGCUUCCUCCUCCUCUGCUGUCUAAGUCAGUUCUGCCACCGCUGCCAUCCAAAGAAAAGAGGUUGAUCUGGCCGAGAGUUGGCGGAAUUCUACCACUCUUUGAGCCGGAGAGACUCCCG